GUUUGUUAAGAGAGCGAAUUAAAUUCUUUGUUUAAUAAUUAACCAUGUAGAUUGGAUAAUGUAUCAGCCACUAAAUACUGAAUACUGUGUACACUAUAACAUAAAUAGUAAGCAGAAUCAACCAUGUAAAAUAACAAUGUGAAAAUUGUGUCAGACAAGAACUAUUAUAGGAGUACAGAAAUUACAGUCAACAUAAAAUAUUUUACGUAACUUCGUCGAGAAAAUUAUACAAUAUGAAGCCCACGCAGACAAACCAGAAGGCAACCAGCCCGGCUGUGAUUCUUCAAACAGAAGCUAGAGGGAAAACACUCACUAGGAAAAUGAUAUACAUGUUAAUAGGAGCUUUCGCUUUCGUCCUCGUGGUCAGUGCUGUAAUUCUAGCGGUGUAUUUUGGGAUGCAGAUGACCAAAGAUAAUUUCAAGGAAUACACAGCUACAUUCUCUGGAGAUGAUGGUACUUCGACGAAGGAGAAAGUAAUUGUUACAGACACAGAAGAAAUCUUCGAGACAGCUGUUGCCACUGGAAUUUCCGAUUUCUCCAUGGGCCUGGUAACAUACAAAUUUCAGAAGACAGGUAUUGCGUUAGACGUAAAUGUAUGUUAUGUGACUAACCUAAACACAAGCGAUUUUCAAACUCCAGAAGAGUUUAUAGAAACGCACACAUCUGAUCAGAUAACAUUUGCGAGGAACAAUCAAGUUUUGAGAAAGUACGAAGUAACAGAUAUAUGGUUGAAUAACAAAGCUCUUGGACCUAAAUCAAAGGAACUCUGCAAAGGAAAGCCUGUGUUCUUCUUGCGCGAAAUUACUGAGACAAGAACUCGAGAGAAAAGAGCAAAAUGGAAAGUCACAAUCAAUCUCGGCAUUGUCAAAGUAGAAAUAUCCUGGGGAAAAGAGAGAAAAGAGAAAUAAGUAUCCACAGAGAGUGUUUGAAUGUGUUACAUAUGUAGACAUGGAAAUUUCUUCUUCUUCUGUAAUGUUCUGACAAUUUACGGAUUGUUUGGAGAAAAGUUUAUUUAUUCAGCUGAUACAUUGUAUGUUGACUUUCAAUGAUAUAAUAAUAUAACAUGUAUGAUAUGUACUAUGAUUUACAUCACCACUUUUUAUUGAUGUUUGAAAGAGUAUGUAUGAUACUGACACCUAUUAAGUAUAUUGCACCUAUUGAACUAUUUCACUUCUUCUUGUCGAAAGUUCAUGUCAGUUCAUUCAUAAUUUCUGAAGUGUUUACAUCUUAUCUUUUAUUUGCACAUAUGUUUGUCUAACAUAGCUACAUACUCUUUAUUUACUUUUAUUGUAGAAACAGACUGAACUUGUGUAUAUUACUUAUUUUACUUAAAACGUGUCUUUUAUUUGAGAUGGAUAGAUUUAUUUCAACAUAAAAUCUACAGUUACAUGGCAAGUAUGAUAUUAAUACACA